CCGCCGGGCUUCAUAUCGGGUUGACAAAUGACGAUCCAGCCGCUUGGAUGAAGAGAUGUGCGUAACGUGAAUGAAGUCACUCCGCCGAAGACGCGCAACUUUGGCGACCGCUCUCCAAUCAUUCCGCGCUCAAUACGGUGAACAUCUACGCCUAGUGCCGAGUUUUCUUUUCUGUACGCGGGGCAGGCUGGGAGAACAACGUAAUAGGAAGGAGGAGAUGUUGUGUCUGCUAAUUAGGAUGAGAGUUCAAGUCAAGUGAAACGGCAGAUUGGACCUUUAAAGCCUCUUAACGCAGGUGGUGGGAGAGAUCCAGCUCAGAGGCGCCGUGUUUGUGUUUGCUGCGCGUGUGCAUUUGCAUGUGGUAUUCCCAGUGGACAAUCCUGCUUCGGACACAGCGGCAAUAAAGGGGUGAUCAGGUGUGUGUGUGUGUGGGUCUAAGUGUGUGUGUGAGUGGGUGGGUCGCAGCAGGAGGAGGGAGGAGGGUGGGGGAUAAAUCAAAGCGGAGACUGGGGUCGUUAUGGUUUCUCACAGUCCGACGCAAUGAAGUGUCUCUGCGGGAGUUUUAAGGUUUAAGACCGGAGAAGGAGGGCAGCAGGGAGGAGGGACGAGGAAAGAGGGGGGCUUCCAUCGACACCGCCGUCACCAUCUCCACCAAAGCGCGCGACGCACUUUCUACCCAAACCCUUUACGCAUGUGAUGGAGAGCCGCGGCGCGCACGGGAGGACUCGCCUGGAUCCCAGGAACUGGAGCGCAAAGAUCAACCCGAGGGCAGACAUGUGGAGGGACCGACACCGACCGCACCUCCACCUCCACCUCCACCUGCACCGCCUCGUGAUUUUUCUCGUGGCGCUGACGAUGCACCCGCAGACUGUUUGUGCCGUGGGCAUGUUCGAGCUACAGAUCCAUCACUUCCAGAACCCACACGGAUUCCUUCAGAACGGGGACUGCUGCGACCUGCAGUCCAGCGGGGGACAGCGUUGCUCUGCCAGGGACCAGUGUGACACUUUCUUUCAAGCCUGCCUUAAGGAGUACCAGGCACGGGUGGUCCCGACUGGAACCUGCACCUUUGGAUCAGGCAGCACAAGGAUCCUGGGAGGAAACUCCCAGUCGCUUCACCACCGAGGACACGAUGGAGGAGGAGGAGGAGGAGGAGACGAUGGGACUAAUGGACACAUUGUCAUUCCCUUCAAAUACGCCUGGCCGAAAUCCUUUUCUCUGGUGUUGGAGGCUAUGGACUUUGAUAAUGACACGUCAGAAACAGGCCAGUUGAUUGAGCGAGUUCUGCUCUCCUCCAUGUUGAACCCCAGUGAACAGUGGCAGACGUAUCGUCACCACGGGCGGAUUCUCAGCCUGGAAUAUCGUCUCCGCUUCCGUUGUGACUCCAACUACUACGGACCGUUCUGUAACAAGUUCUGCCGGUCCCGCGACGACUUCUUCGGCCAUUUUAACUGUGACCACAGCGGCUCCAAGGUCUGCAUGGACGGUUGGACCGGGCAUGAGUGCAAAGAUGCUGUGUGUCGACAGGGAUGUCAUCAGUCUCACGGCUUCUGCACCGAACCUGGAGAAUGCAAGUGUCAUUACGGCUGGAAGGGCCCCCUGUGUGACCAGUGUGAGACGUUCCCUGGCUGUGUCUAUGGAAGCUGCAGCGAGCCCUGGCAGUGUGUGUGCGACGUCAACUGGGGAGGACUGCUGUGUGACAAAGAUCUGAACUACUGUGGAACACACACACCCUGCAGGAACGGUGGAACCUGCACCAACACAGAACCGAACGAGUACAAGUGUGAAUGUCAGGAAGGAUUUAAAGGACGGAACUGUGACAUAGUGGAACACGCGUGUUUGUCGUCCCCCUGUGUGAACGGAGGCACCUGUGUGGAAGACCCCACAGGCUUCAGCUGCAUCUGUGCCGAUGGCUGGACCGGAAACACCUGCUCCGAUGCUGUGAGGCAGUGUGAUCGAAACCCCUGUGGACGCGGAGCGACGUGUGAGGACGCUCCUGGAGGAUAUCGGUGUGUCUGCCCCCCUGGUUGGUCGGGCAGGACAUGUCAGUUAGACACCAACGAGUGUGAAAUAAAUAUCUGUGUCCACGCCCGCUCCUGUCGCAACCUGAUCGGUGGAUACCUGUGUGAUUGUCUUCCUGGAUGGACAGGUCCUAACUGUGACAUCAGGAACAGCAGCUGUCAGGGUGUGUGUCUGAACGGGGGACACUGUGAGGAUCAGAUAUCAGGGUCGCGCUGCAGGUGUUUGCCUGGUUUUUCAGGGAAAUAUUGCCAAAAUGAUCCAAAUCCUUGCCACAGCACCCCCUGUCUAAAUGGAGGACAGUGUGUGGAGAAAGAUGGAAAGACUGCUUCCUGUAUCUGCCACAAAGGAUAUACAGGAAUCUUCUGUGAGACUGUAUUGGAUUUGUGCAACCCCAACCCCUGCCCACAGGGGUCACCCUGUCAUGUAACUGAAGGGAGGCACGUGUGUGGCUGUCCGGAGGGUUACUAUGGAAGUCACUGCACAAACCUCAAAAGUCCCUGCAUUGGUCAGCAUUGUCCAGGUGCCAUGUCUGACCCACCGUCAGGGGACAUCAGCUUCUACAUGAUCCUGGUGGGUAUCGGAGCCCUGGUCACCGUUUGUGGCUGCGCUGCCUGCGCCUUCAUCCUUUCCCAUCAACACAGAAAGAGGAAAAAGCAACAGGCCAUACCACCAGAGGAAGGCAUCAAUAACCAGCGGGAGUUCGUCAACCUCAUUAGAAACGUGGACCGUCCUGUUCCUUCCCUGUCCCCUGCCACAACCCUGAUGCAACCGACGACCCCCGUUCCUGUCUCACGUUGCUACGAGGAGAUUGAACUGACCCUGCCACCCUCCCCGGCCCCCUCUCACCCUUCACCGGCACUGAAACCAGUCCACGCUCCCAAACUGGACAUUUCAAACCGAGACAGAGAAAAGUUGAACCGCUUUCACUACACAGACAACCAGGAACUGGAAGUCUGACUGGAUACAUUUGAAGUUCUGUUACUGCGGAUUUUUUAUAUUUUCUUCUGCACUCUCUGACUCGCAGGGCCAUGUGUCCAGGCCUUGAAUCAUAGUUGCAGUUUUGAAAAUGAAGAGACCUUUUGACCAUUGUGUGCUCAGAUGGCCAUUGGCAGACACUUAAGAAGCACGGGCUGCUAAGACUGGUUUCCAGGUCAAAGGUCUUACCCAUAUAUUUCACUGGAUGCAAUCAGCACAGGUCAGAUCACACCAGACUGGAAAUAAGACAAGGUAUCAACCCACAACUUCCACCGACCUUCAGAAUAAAACAGAAUAACCAACUCUGUCAUUACUGCUAUUGUAACUGCAGCAAAACUAAGUAGGACAUAAUAAAACAACAAUAAAAUAAUUCAAAAUAUUUCAGAAAAUAUAAAAGAAACAAAAGUUACACAAGUGCUCUUCCACAUGUGAGAGGCAAAUUAAACUAUCGUUUCUUAAUUUCCUCUAUACAGUCCAUUUAUCGCAGGAUCUCGUGGUCUUGCAUGCUUUCGGAAUUAUCGCGGAAUCUUGAAAUAUCGCGCAAGUUCAGCUAGCUCGCUAGGCUCCGUGCCGCUCUGCAGCCAUGACGCGCCACUGAUGCACCCAGUGAAAUAUCAGGGUUACUGUGCUGAUGCCUUUGGGCCUCUUUGGACGUCUGUUAGGAGCAGGAGGUGUAUGAAGUUUGACUGAAGGACCCAUCCAAACAGAGACACCCUGGAGUGCCUGAAAGGCUGUCACAAAGAGAGCGAGGAUGGCCCCCUGUAGUAUCCUCCCGACAUGUGGACUGGUCCAUGAUGGUGUCUGACGGAAGACUCCAUUUGACUUGAACUCUUGACAGUGAGAGCGCUGAGCGGAUGUUUAUUUAACUGUGUGUUUCUAAGUCUGGUUGUGUGUGAGAGAGAAAGAGUAAAGCAAAGGUGUGUGUAAUGACUACAAGUGGUGAAAACAGGAAGAGAAGUUGCUAUUUUAUUUGAAAUAAAGAUAGAGUAAACAUGGAGUGGAUGCUCUGGAACUGAAGGCCCUUUAAAGACUGUCUAUAUGACUAUACACUGUUGCCUGCAUUGUCCCUGUAAUACAGUAUGUUGAUGUAUGAUUUUUUUUCAUACCUGAGUGUAAAAUAGAGUUCUGUACAUAAAUAUAUUGUACAUAUUGUUGAUCUUUUUGUACUGUGGUUUUGGUCUGAAAUGAUCUCUGUACUGCUUCGCCAUAACUGUUCCGUUUGACUUUGUCUUUGGAGUAAUCAGCACUGCUGGAAAGUAAUAAAGGCCAUUAACAACA